AGAGCUAAUACUUCGUUUUGGUAAGGGCAACAAGAUCAAGUAGAAAUGGAACCAAGAUUGUUCGAAGCAUCUCGUUCUGGGGAUAUAUCUGCAUUUCUCUCGUUACUCCAGGAAGAUCCGUUUCUGCUUGAUCGAGUUGGCUUAAACUCUGUCGACAACCCUCUACACAUAUCGGUAUUGGCAGGACAAACAGAAAUCACGAAGCAAAUUGUGAGCAGAAAGCCAGCCUUCGCUAGGGAGCUAAAUGAGAAUGGUUUUAGCCCCAUGCAUGUUGCUUCAGCUAAUGGGCACAUCGAAAUAAUAAGAGAGCUCAUGAGAGUUGGAUAUGAUAUAUGUCUUUUGAAGGGAAAAGAUGGUAAGGUUCCACUUCAUUGCGCGGCUUUGAAAGGCAGAGUUGAUGUUGUUAAGGAACUGGUCUGGGCUUGCCCCGAGUCUGUUAAAGAACUGACUGCUUUCGGAGAAACUGCCCUUCAUUUGGCUGUGAAGAGUAACCAGAUUGAGGCUGCAAGGGUUUUGAUCGAGGAGAUGCGAAGGUUAGAUAUGAUGGAAAUUUUGAAUUGGAAAGACAAGGAUGGGAACACCAUAUUACAUCAGGCAACCUUCAACAGACAACACGAGAUUAUAGGUCUGUUAAUUGGUCACGAAGCAGUUGUUUCUGGGAUGAACGUAAACGUCAUUAACUCAAGCGGAAUUACACCAAAGGAUGUCCUAGAUGUUUUGCUCCAAAGUGGAGGUGAUUGUUAUGAUAUUCAGAUUUAUCAGAUGUUUCAGAAAGCUGGAGCUGUGAAAGCCCGAGAACUCACAACAGAACCGGCUAAUGUCCAAACCGGAGCAGAAAGCUUUAUCAACACGCAAAUAUCGCAAUCUUCUUGUACAUGGAACCUAUGGAAGGAACUGAUGAAAGAGGUUACGGAAUCAUCAACUGAAACUCAAAAUGCACUAAUGGUUGUGGCAGUCCUGAUAGCAACGGUCACAUACCAAGCGAUUCUGAGCCCUCCAAGUGGUUUUUGGUCAGCAGAGAAAGGAAAAUCUCAGACCAUCACCGUUCAGAAGAGAGCCACGAUGCCUGGAGAGGCUGUCAUGGCUAGUGACCCUGAAAUCUUUGCUGUGUUCACUGUUUUCAAUGCAAUUGGUUUCUUUGCAUCACUCGGCAUGAUCUCUCUCCUUACCAGUGGCUUCCCUCUCAGGGCAGGCUUGCGGCUGGCCAUACUUUCAAUGACUGGUACUUACGUGAUAGCUGUAAUCUAUAUGGGUCCAACCAAAAUGAGAGAAAUAUACAUAGUGGUCAUUUUGAUGGGAAUUCUAUUUCUUGCGGAGUUGGCAAGGUUUACCAUGUGGUUGCUGAAGAAAUGGGGAGUUGUUCCAGAUACAAGGCGAUGGGCCAAUGCUGGCAUCAAUAGCUGCUACAAGCAGUUAAUUUCUGUAGAUCAAUGUUCUACAAUUUUUUUCACAAAUUCUCAAAUGGAUAACGAGAGAUUGUUUGAAGCUGCUCGGACAGGAAAUAUUGAGGUGCUAUACGAUUUGCUUGUGAAAAAUCCAUUGAUUCUAACUGAUGUUGCCCUGUCGUGUUCCACAGAGACACCUUUACAUGUUGCGGUUAAGGCUGGUCAGCUUGAUUUUGUGCAUCAGAUUAUGAAACAUAAACCAGAAUUUGCAGGAGAAAUGAGCAAGGAUGGUUACCGGCCUUUGGAUAUAGCAGUUGUUACAGGGCAUAUAGAUAUUGUAAGACAGCUUUUAAAGACUGAAUUCCAGAUUUGUCGUCUGCCAGGCCAGGAUCAAAGAACAGCCCUUCAUUAUGCUGCUGCAAAGGGAAGAGUUGAGAUCAUAAAUGAAUUGAUUUCGACUUGUCCGAAAUGUAUAACAGAUGUGACCAGCUAUGGGGAGACUGCACUUCACCUUGCUGUGAAAAACAACCAAUUCCCUGCUUUCAGCGUCUUGGUCAACUGGCUGGAAAAUCUGAAAGAGAAAACGGUCAUAAAUUUCAGGGAUCGUGAUGGGAACUCUGUCUUGCAUCUGGCAGCUGCUCGAAGACAAUACAGUAGUCUUGAAUUGCUUAUUGGUAAGAACAAUGUUUUCAAUGGAAUGCUAGGAGUGAAUGCCCCAAACUCAAAGGGUCUGACAGCAAUGGAUAUACUAGAUAUAGUCAUGGAAGAACCCAACGAUAUCCAAAUGAGGAAAAUCCUUCAAAAUGACACGGUAAUUGCGAAAAAGAAACAAUCCUGGCAUGACCUUGCAGAAGAGCCAUUAAAGGAUUGGUUCAAAUAUUUCAAGUUUCAGCUGGAAAGAGAUUCACCAAGCGACACUCGAAAUGUACUGCUGGUGGUGGCUGCAUUGAUUGCCUCGGUCACUUUCCAGGCGGGUCUGAACCCUCCAUCCGGCUUGCUAGAAUAUGACUCACAAUCAAAUCCAGCAUCUGGUAACGUGACAAGGGCUGGACCGGCAGUAACAUCUGCGUUAGUAGCUGCCUCUGCAUUAUUAGGCACUCAGGCAACAUCUUAUCUGUUUCUGUUUUGGAACUCCUUUGGCCUCGCUGCAUCACUCAGCAUCAUUAUAUAUCUCACAGGGGGAUUUCCCUUCCAACGGGAGCUUCUCAUUUCAAUGCUUUCCAUGAUGUUUAGCUAUGGAUUUUCAAUUUACGGUAUGACAGAAAAAGAUGGUGUUGCCUUUGUUCUUCUCACGGUCGCCUUUGUUUUACCAUUCGCUUUACGGUGGCUUCCAACUUGGGUGAACAAGGCUUGGAAUUGGUGGAGAGGACCUCCAACAAGUUGGUCUUUCCUAGCAAUUGGGGGUUGAUCCGAGGUCUCGGCCACAAUUUUUUGGGAAAAUUAUGAAAACCCUCUUCAAGAUAUGCCAAUUGUUAUAGUUUGUUCUAAAAAAAAGAAAACUCCUAUAUCUUGAAAUGUAUACACAAUUGAGCAUUAGUCACAAUACUCUGUUUUUUUGUAAAGGGUUACCCUGUUCU